UUUUUCCUGUACUUCUUUUUUUCCGUAGAAAUUGACUGAAUUUGAUAAAGUUUCAGCGAGUUCCAUGGCUUUGGCUCUUGUUGAAUCGAUGGAUUCUAUGAACCCUCCAAACCAGAAUCCUUUUCUUGGAGAAAACUACGAGCUUACUCUUAAGCAAUCAAUCAAGAAUGUUUUAGCUGAAAUUCGCGAAGGAAAUCUUGGGUUUUGUCAUUUUACGGAAGAUUUCUACAAGUUGAUGCAAGCUAGAGUUGACCCACCCAUGGAAUCGAUCUGGUUCUACUCCGCGUUAAUGUUUCGUAGCCAUAGCUCCGCUAAGGGCGACUUUUUGGACCGACUGGCAGCCAUGAAAGUCUUGUUUCAGCUGGUGUGUUCUUGUUCGGCUCCUUGUGGUUCUUCGAAGACCGUUGCGUCGCUCGCUCCAGUGGUUUUCGAGGUGUAUAAAUUGAUUGCUGACAUGCUCGGUAAGGACUUGGCCUCGAAAAGGGAAAAGAAAGCAAUGCGAGAGGUUAAAGCUUUAGUUGAAGCGAUUCUAGGCUUUAUAAAUCUGAGUUCUUGCAAGGUUUCGGACCAGAACGUUGAACAGCUCGACUUCAAUUUGAUUACUCCUUUUAUGGAUUUAAUUAGUAUUUGGACGCAUCCGAAUGAGGGAUUAGAUCAGUUCUUACCCCUUGUGAGUAGCGAGGUUCGAGGAGGGUUUUGUUCAGGCGUCUGUGAUGUUCGUCACUUGGCUGGAGUUGUAAUUGCGGAGGCGUUUCUGAUGAAACUGUGCUUGGACUUCCAUAGUGGGCGUUCGAGGCAGGAGUUGGAGAAAGAUCUAAGGUUAUGGGCUGUUGGUUCUAUAACUGGGAUUAGGAACUGCUACCUUUUUGAGACUCUCAUAAGAUUCCUGCUGGGGGUGACUUUACCUGUGAUGUCUCUGUUGAGUACUGAAGAUGAACUUCUUUUAAGGAAGGUUCUAUAUGAUGCUCUUAUAUUGGUUGAUUAUUCAUUUUUGAAUCCUGUGAAAGCCAUUGACUUACAUGCCGAACACGUGGCAUUUCUUGCUGUGAAGAGAUUGAUUCUUACUCAUGACGCCAUAGAGUUUUUCAGGGAGCAUGGGGAUCAGAGCAGAGCCAUCUCUUAUCUAAAUGCGUUCUCAAGUUCUCCUGUACCUUCUCAAAUGAUUAGAUGGGUCAGAAGCCAAAUUCCUAGCAACGAAAAUGUAAAUCGACCCAACGGAUCGUCACCUAAAAUACUUCUCGAGUGGCUUUUUAAGGCUGAAGAUCAAGGUGUGAGAGUAUUCGACAAUACCAUCUCUGAUCAUCGAGCCAAAUUAGUACUCGAUAUUUCAAAAUCAGACUCGAGGCAUCCCAAGUUGGAGGGAAAUAAAGUAGAUGACGGUCUUUUGUUUUACGUUGACAAGCAAGGGGAAAAGGAAAACGAAAGUGAAGAGGACAAAGCGAUGGAUGAAUCUGUAAAUGCAGCCUUAGUAACUGUUGCUCGUACAAUGUCAAUGGCUGAAAAUGGUUCGGGAAAGAAGAAGCGACAGAGAAAGUCUGAAAGAAAGAACAAGAUCAAGUUUGUAAAGUAUGAUCUCUUCCCUAACCCUGAUGCUGCCCAAUUGAGGUCAGCUGUUGAUAAUAACGAUCCAAACAGUGAGGGUGAAGUUCAUAAUCCGCACAAGGAUGAAGAUUCUGACAUGGAAGAGUAAUAUGAUUUAACAAGAAAGGUCGUAUUUGGUUGCGACAACACAACUUCAGAUUCGGUUUGUUGUCUGUUUCCCUGUUGUUUUGUUGAAGAUCUUUCAGGAGGAAGCUGGCCAAGUUACAAGUGGGAGCUCAUCGGGUUCGGGUAGGCUGAUCGAUACGCAAAGUAUGUUGGAUUUUCAACUCAAGAGUACAACUGGCUCAACCAAGGUUGCUAAUGUAAGUUGAUCUAAUGACCAAAUCAAGGAAAGAAAGAACAAAGGGAAAAACAAUUUUGAUACAGCAUGAUACUGUGGUGUUUCAUGAAUAUGAAUCAAAUAUUUUAAGCGAACAUCGUUUCUACAGCACGAAAAAACCAUUGUUCUAACUUGUCUCUCGGAGGGGUUGUAUCAUACAAGCCGAUCCUUUCUGGCUCAUGCUUAUUUCAGAGGUUUGGAGAAAGCCGUAAUCAAUUCAGUUUUUGGUGUU